GUAAAUUAAGACACCUCAGCUAAAGCCAAAUUCCACAAUCUCUCUUUCUUCCCCUUUAAGUCUAAAGAAGUAGACUUUAUCAUAUUCUCAUUCUCUUUUGUCCAUACCAUCUCUUUGCUUUCUAUACCCCCCAUCCAAACCUAAUUUCCCACUCUCUUCAUCCUUUCCUUCUCCAUUUCUCUUUCUUUUCUUUUGUUCUUAUUCUUAAUCUUGUUCUUGUGUUCUUGUUCUUGUUCUUGUUCUGGUUCUUGUUCUUGUCGGUGUAAGAAGAUAUGCAUGAUUGGGCAGCACCGUUGAUAGCUUCGGCUCUGUUUGCGUUUCUGCAGCCAGGAUUGAUACUACAGUUUCCGGGGAAAGAAUCUCCGGUGGGUUUCAUGAACAUGAAGACCACGAUUGCUUCUAUUUUCGUGCACACUGUUCUCUACGGUCUUUUCCUCAUCCUCUUUCUCGUCGUUCUCAACGUCCAUGUCUACGCAUAGCUCAUUUAUAUCACACUCAUGUAUGUGCCUCUGUUUUUUGCCAGAGGGUUUAGUAGUGAGGCUUUGUUUUAGGAAUUGUCUUUGUUCUUCUUCUUAGUUACUCCUAUAAAAUCAAUAUUUCUCUUUAAUAUCCCACUUUUUUCUCUAGAGUUAUUCCUUCAAUAUAUAGCCGUCUUAC